AUGGGUGGCCUUGGCAAAACUACUCUUGCCAAGAAAGUUUACAACGACGGUGCUGUUCAGAACCACUUUGGCCGUUACUGUGCUUGGGUUUAUGUAUCUCAAGAGUACAAUAUCCUGGAACUUUUGCUUGGGAUCGCUAGUUGUAUCAUCACUCUCACCGACGAACAAAAACGUAAGAUUCAAAAUCAUGAGUUGGGGAAAGAGAUUGAAAAAUGUCUCCAGGAAAAGAGUUACUUGAUAAUGCUUGAUGAUGUAUGGAACACCGAUGUUUGGCGCGGGUUGAGCUCAUUUUUUCCUGCAGAAUCAAAUAAGAGCAGAGUAUUGAUCACUACUCGCAAUGAACAAAUUGUUGUGGAUGCUCAUUCAGAUUGCUAUAAACUUCAACUUCUGGGUGACGAUGAAAGCUGGGAGUUGUUUCUCAGUAGAGUAGGGAGUACAACAGUACUGACAUGGUCAGGGUUGGAGGAAUUCAAAAAGGAGAUUGUAUCAAAAUGCAAAGGUUUACCUCUUGCAAUCGUGGUGCUCGGAGGACUUCUAUCACUGAAAGAUCUGACACAAAACUCAUGGCAGAAAGUGCUUAAAAGCAUGGAUUAG